GACACAAGGUGGAGAGAGUCCUGUCUCCAGGUGGCUUCAAACCUCCGUGCUUCCCCACUCUUCGUCAUCUCGUGCUCUUCCUGUUACCUGGCAGAGAUAUGGAAACAUCAUCAGGAUAGGGAGGCGCAUCAAGUGGGUGUUAUUGUAAGGCUUCUAGACAAACUUUGGAGCAGGAUUUAGAAGUUUACUCACAUCACAAGGGAUAAAAGGAUAAAAAGAUCGUCUGUAUCAAAGGAAGGACUGAAUCCUCAGGUGGAUUAUGAAUAUGGCCUUUUUAUCCGUGAAGCACAAAUCCCUUUUCCCCCUCCUCCUGCUCUUUUAUGUCCCCCUCACCUGUCUGUGUCAGUCAGCCAACAGCAGCUCAAGCAAUGCAACAACCUCUUCCUCAAAUGAUACGUUCCUGAAGGGCGUGCCGGGCUGCGGCAGACGACUGAACCCCAUCUAUAGGUACCUGUGUGACCGCAGGGCAGCAUGGGGCAUCGUCCUGGAGACCCUGGCCUCUUCAGGCUUCCUGUUCACCAUUGCUCUCCUCCUGGGCAUGCUGAUCUGGUCCCUGUGGAUCUGUAUGUCGUCCAGGAACCAGCGCAGCAGCAUUGGAAGCACGGUGGCCUGCAUGACCAUGUUCUUGUUGGCCACAGCGGGGAUCUUUGCCAUCACCUUCUCCUUCAUCAUUCGCCUCACCCCUCAGACCUGCCCCACCAGGCUCUUCCUCUUCAGCGUGCUCUUCUCCCUGGCCUUCUCCUGCCUGCUGGCUCGCUGUCUGGCUUUGCUGGGCUUCGCGGCGGCACGUGGCUGGGGGGAGCCUGCUCUGGCCCUGGGGCUCUUCACUGUGCAGGUUAUCAUCUCUACCCAGUGGAUGAUCGUCGUGUUGGUGCGGGACAGAAAGCCAUGCGAGUACAGCCAGAAGGAAUUUGUCAUGCUGCAGAUCUACGUGCUGUGCCUCCUGGCUGUCAGUUUGAUCCUCUCCCUGCACUUCCUGUGCCGCUCCUGCUUCACAUACAGCUACAGCUACACCGGCGCCGUCCGCCAGCAGAGCCAAGCACAGGCCACGCUGCUCUUCUUCACACUGCUGCUCUCCGCCUGCAUCUGGGUGGUGUGGAUCACCAUGCUCAUCAGGGGGAACCCAGAGGUGGACCGUCGGCCUCAAUGGGACGACCCGGUGAUUUGCAUCGCCCUGGUGGCCAACGGCUGGGUGUUACUGAUGGGAUUCGGUUUGUCCCAGAUCGCCUUCUUCUGCCGGGGGGAGGCCAAGUCCAAGGACAUCCCUCUGAGCUUCGCAGGCUGGACGAGCCCCAGUGCUGAUAUCCCAGGACUGGCAAGCCCCAAGGAAGGCAGGGAAAAUGGAAGCUUUGAGAAUGAUGGCAGGAGGACUGAGCAGUCGCUGCGAUCGCCCUACGAGUCCGGAUUCUCUGUGACAGAAAUCGACCCUGACAAGGAUUACACCAUCCCUCGCCCACAGACCACCAACUUCCUGGAACCUUAUGACGAAUAAUGAUUGAAAUAACUUGCUCCAACACAAACACAAGAACUGACAUACACCAAAAACCAGAGCUGGGGGAGACCCGGCUCAUGCACUAAUUUGUACUUGGCACAAACAUGUGUUUUUCUGUUUUCAAAUGUAAAUAUUUGUGUGUUAUUUUCAAAUGUGGCACCAUCCUCUGUCCCAAAAAGAAGAAAGGACUCAGCAGAGUGACUCAUCUGCUCGAGUUUCAUCAUGGAGGCUGGAUGGGUUCAGAUAGUCCAGCUUUCUUCUGGCGGGAAAUCUACAUCACAAAUGCUUAGUGGAAGUGAGUCUUGAUGGUGUGUGUGUGUGUGCUGCUCUAAGAUGGUAUAUAAUAGCCCUGAGGCGAUAGAGGAGGCGUGAAACUGUCACUCUGAAGGUGCCAAACUGCUGAGCGGAGCAGAGGCAUCUGUGAGCGGCAGGGAGGAGGAAGAGGAGAGAGGAAGGGAGAUUAGAUGAGAUGAGACAAGACAGGAGGAGGAUAGGACAGGAGACCUGUCAGCACCGUGGGAGGCUCGUGCCAUCACUGAUUAACAUCUUCAUAUUCAAAGUUGCAUUACAGUCGCCUGGGCUCUGUUGGCGCGCUGGAAACAAUGGAUGUGUUCUGCGUGCGUGGAGAGAUAAGAGCUUCACAAGGCAUGUCUCUCCCCAGCGAUGCACUCUGACUUUCUCCACAUGCUGGUGUUAUCAAUAAAAAGGUUUGUCUAUAAAA